AUGAGAAUAGAUUUCUACCACAAUAUCAUACGCAAUCAUCAACCAGAAAACGCUGGCACACUCUCAGUGAAUGCAAAUAUCGACGGUUACGACUACACAUUUACUGAUACAUCGUUUAUCGAAGAAUUCCUCAACGAAGAAAACAAUCAGUUUCCCACCAAACAAAAAUUACAUUAUUUCUUGGAGGAUUCAGAGCUAAUUAACGAUUACGAUAUGGAAUGGGGUACUGCGAUAUUUGAGCUAAUUUUCUAUGUUGUUGCAGUAACUAAUCCCGCAAGAGGUGACUAUUCUCCGGGGGAUGAUUUGCUUGUGUCCUUGCUUAUUUUUCCUAAUGAUGAACCGAUCGAAGAAGAGUAUGAGAUUGAAGAAGAGGAUUUGAGUGAAGAAGAGGAUCAAAUUGAAGAAGCGGUUCGAGCCUCCUUGGAGGAGACCAAUAAUAUCAGUUUGAGACCCGCAAACAAGCUCGUGGUCAAUUCUUUAGCCAGGAAAAUAUACAAGAAGACCACUAGUUCUACUGAAAGGUGCACAAUUUGUUUGGAAGAGUUUAACGAUGGAACAAAAGUUAUGACUUUACCUUGCGGACAUGAAUUUGACGAUGAGUGUGUCCUAACGUGGUUUGAGACUAAUCAUGACUGUCCACUGUGUCGUUUCAAGUUGCCAUGUGAAGAUCAAUGA